GGACUGGUAAGCCCUGUGCUCUUGGGGGAGCAGGCCUCCAGGUGGGCUCCACCCAGCCCUCUCAGUGCUAGCCAGACAACUGCUCAAGGUCAGCGCUGGCCUCAAAGGCCCUGCUGUGUCUGAGGACAGUAAGCCCUUUGAAACAGCCACCUCUGGCCUGCUAGGUUCCCAGGGGCACCAGGCACUGUCCCCCAAGGUCACCCAUCCCCAGGUUGAUAGGGAUGUCCCUCCCAAGCACUUGGGUCUAGCCACUCAUAUAAAGCAGGGCCAUCCAGCCCCUGGCAGCACCACCAUGUGGGAACUGCCUCUUUCCUACCUGGCCCUGCUGCUGGCAACCACAGGAGCUGUGCUGGGUGCUGAGAUCCCCACAGAAGAGGAACCUGUCAGCACCGGGGGUCUCAUCUUCCUCCAAGAUGGAAUGUGGUCUCCCAACAGCCCCCCAGAACCUCUUUGUCUGCUGAUGCUGAAGGGACCAGGCAACACCAGCAGAGUCCCCUUGGGGGUGGUGGGAGGCCUGGGCACCUAUGAGCAGGCCUUUCUGGAGGCUGUUCGAGGGUCUCACUGGGGACCCCGAGACCUGACCACUUUCGGGGUCUGCAGCCCUGACUCCCAGGCCGCUCUGCCAGUCCUGCAGCAUCUUGGGGCCUGGCUGGAGGAGACUGGGGGACAGCGGCUACUGGUCCUGCAUCUGGCUGAAGUGACAUGGGAGCCCACACUCUUGCUGAGGUUCCAGGAGCCCCCACCCAGAACAGCCAACCCUGGGGAGCAGGCACUGUUGGUGCUGUACCCUGGGCAUGGCCCUGAAGUCACAGUCACCGGGGCUGGGCUGCAGGGUACACAGAGCCUUUGUCCCACCGGGGACACCCGCUACUUGGUGCUGGCUGUGGACACCCCAGAGGAGGCCUGGAGCAGCCGGGGGCUAGCCCUGACCCUGCAGCCCCAAGGAGAUGGUGCCACCCUGAGCAUUGCCCAGCUCCAAGCUUUGCUGUUCGGCUCUGAUCCCCGCUGUUUCACCCGGAUGACCCCCACUUUGUUGCUCCUGCCCCUGACCCAGCCUUUACCACAGCCAGCACAGGGCCAGCUGGACACGGUGCCCUUCCCACGACCCAGGCUGUCCUUGGAGCCUGAGGACCUGCCUCGAAGCGCCAACCCUUUCUUGGAGACCCUCACUCGCUUGGUGCGUGCCCUUCGGGGACCUCCAGCCCGGGCCUCUCCCAGGCGCUUGGCCCUGGACCCUGGUGCUCUGGCCAGCUUCCCGCAGGGCCUGGUCAACCUAUCGGACCCAGCUGCCCUGGAACGCCUGCUCAACGUGAAGGAGCCUUUGUUACUGCUGCUGUCUCCAGCUGCGGCCACCACGGGGGACCCUGCAUCGCUGCAGGGCCCGGCAUCUGGGCCCUGGGAAGCAAGCCUGGCGCACAGGGUGGCCGUGGAGCUGCAGGCCGCGGCCACGGAGUUGCGGGGACUCCCGGGCUUGCCACCUGCUGCACCCCCGCUGCUGUCCCACCUCCUGGCACUGUGCCCCAAUAACUCUGGAGAUCCCGGGUACCCACUGCGAGCAUUGCUUCUGCUAAAAGCGCUGCAAAGCCUGCGUGCAGAGUGGCGCAGCCGGGUUGGGCGCGGCGGGGGGAGGGCGCAGCGGAGCGCGGGGACCACGGUCACAGAUGCACCGUGCUCGCUGCGGGAGCUGAGUGUGGAUCUGCGUGCAGAGCGCUCGGUGCUCAUCCCGGAGACCUACCAGGCCAACAACUGCCAGGGUGUGUGCGGAUGGCCGCAGUCAGACCGCAACCCGCGCUACGGGAACCACGUGGUCCUGUUGCUGAAGAUGCAAGCUCGUGGCACCGCCCUGGCACGCCCACCCUGCUGCGUGCCCACCGCCUACACCAGCAAGCUGCUAAUCAGCCUGUCAGAGGCGCGCAUCAGUGCACACUACGUCCCCAACAUGGUGGCCACCGAGUGUGGCUGCCGGUGACCCUGUGGGAGCACUCCUCAUAUUUAUUCAGUUCCCCAUCAAUA